AGAUGUUGUAAUGUGCGCGCGCGUUGCAGCAAGGGGUCCAGUAUAUAAACAGCAAUCGCAUCUUAGAGGCCUUUUAAACGUAAACGAGGUCUGUUGCACAUCGGUAUUGCGUACGUUAUCUCUAACGAAAAAUAUACCAUUCUGUACAUCUAUCCGUAAAAGAAAGUGUUGCCAUGUUCUGUAAGAUGCAUGUGGGCUUAUUCGCUAUAGCAUUUCUUUUCUUAAUCCUUAUUGCGAGUGGUGAAGCUCAGUUAAACUUUUCUACUGGAUGGGGCCAAGGUAAAAGGAGCCAAGAUAUGCGAAUUAAAUCAAGUAGCACGGAUUGUUCGUCGCAAGGUGCAUCGUUGGAACAAUUGUUAAAAUUAUAUUCGUUUAUUCAGAUUGAAGCGCAGAGGAUCUUGGAUUGCCAAACCUUGAACAAAUGAACCAGGAAAAUGUCAUUGGUCUUAUCAAUUAGACUUGUGCCGGAAUUGUCAGCCUAAAUUAAAAUAAUGAUAUUUGGACAAUGCAACUGAAUCUCCACAUAUCUUACGCUUUUCUUCCGAAUACUCGAACAGAUUGGCGUACACGUGUCGAUGUAGCCAAUUCUUUAUUUACUUUAUGUGCUUCACACACGACGUUCGAAAUUUCUCCGCUUAAACACCCACGAUCUAAAACUAAUUACUUUCAUCUGCUUGCUGUAUGCUUUGUACAUAAAACGUAUUGUAGAGUGAGCUAAUAUUGAGACAAGUGGCAAACGGUAUUGAAGCUGGUCUUCUUGCGGCCCUGAGAACAUCUACCGUUGUAGAUUAUCUGUAAACGUUGCAUUCCCACAAAUGUAAUUUAAAAAAAUGAACAGGCAUCGUCAACUGUAUUCUGACAAAUGGACUGAUAAUAAAGCUAAUAUCCCGCGCAGAA